CCAUCAUUCGCUCAUAUAGUCGAUCGGGAUCACAGAUCGGAGGUGAUAAGCAAGGAUGGCAGAAGUGUCAGGACCAUCGUCAGGUCCACCGCUCAGGACGACGUUCAAGCAAGUUUCUUCCUUUGAGCCUUUGUACACAGGUGGAGCCGCAACUGCAGUAAGCUCUGAUGGAAAAUUCUUAUUUGCACCUGUCAAUGAUGCUGUUCACGUUACAUCGGUCCAAAGUGGAAAAACAGUAGCCAGAAUACCAAAUGAUCUGGAAGAUAUCACAUGUUUAACUUUGACACCGGAUCAAUCCACUUUGAUCGUUGCUUCUAGAAGUUUGGCUUUACGAAUCUUUUCGUUGAAAUUCAGUGUGGAUGAAAAUGAAGAGCAAGAUUUGAAAUGGUCUUUGCAGAGAAGUAUACCCAAAACACACGAUGCUCCUGUUGUGGUGAUGAAAGUGGAUCCUACCAGCACUUUGGUAAGCACAGGGUCUUCGGAUACAUGCGCUAAAGUAUGGGAUAUCCGAGGUGGAUAUUGCACACACGUAUUCAGAGGACAUGGCGGAAUCGUGAGUAGCUUGCAGUGGAACAUGCCACCGUCGUCCACUCAAAAGAUCAACGGGAGCUCAUCCAUGCGACAAAUCGAACUCUUGACUGCUUCAAUAGAUGGACGUGUGCGUAUUUGGGAUCUACGAGCCGCCAGUGGUUCAGCGGGUGGUUCGAAAGACAAAGGUGCAACUGCUGCAAAGCCAGUUGCCACUUUGGAAUCUCACUUUUCCGUCGUUCGUGGUAUCGCAGUCACUCGUGAUGGAAAGCGAAUCGUCACUGUGGGUCGUGAUCGUAUGGUGACUUUGUGGGAGUUGCAAUCCAAAGGAUCUUCAAAGAAAGACAAGAAUGCAAACCCUUCUUGGCAAUCCGUUGAAGUGAUCACAGCUGGAGAAUCUUUGGAAAGUGCAGGUUUUCUAGACGAUGAAGAUACCUUCUGGACAGCGGGGGCGGAAGGAGAGAUUCGAUUCUGGAGCUUCUCUCGAAGAGGUGUAAUUAGACAGCAGCCGGGAGGACGAUUUGCAAGUGGAACAGUACAAAAGAGAGCGGCAGUAACUUCAAAUGAAGACGACGAAGAGGAAGAGUCCGAUGAGAACGAAACGAGAGCAAUCACUGAGGUCCACUACCUCCCCUCUUCGGACAUGAUCGUAAGUGUCCAUGCAGAUCAAGACGUCGUCUUCCGAUCGGCAUCUACUUUACAAGGUGUUCGCCAAUUGGCCGGAUUCAAUGAUCAAAUUAUCGAUGCUUCUCUUUUAUCCCCCAUCAAUGGUAAAUCCGACACUCACUUGGCUGUUGCGACAAAUAGCACUUACAUCCGCGUUUAUCGGUUAGGAGCACAAGAGCAUACUGUUGAUGUAUUGCCAGCAGAUUCUGGCUCCGAGGAAGGUCAUACAGGAUUGAUCCUCUGUUUGGACAAGACCAGUGACGGAAAGCUACUCGCUAGUGGAGGCAAGGAUAGAACGGUGAGGAUAUGGGCAUGGGUGCCACAAACAGUGUCUGCAAAUGUGCUGAACGUGGGUGACGAAGAUGAAGAGAUGGGAGAAGUCGUGCGACCAGGUGAAGUGAACGGUAAUAAUGCAGCUGGAAACGAAGAGUACGGCUGGAGCUGUGUAGCUAUUGCUCAGGGUCACACAGAAAGCGUUGGUGCGAUCGCAUUUGCCAAAAGACCGGCGGCAAAUGGUCAAAUACCAUUCAUCGUGAGCGCCAGUCAAGAUCGAACAGCAAAAGUUUGGGAUUUGUCCACUUUACAGAGAUACAUCGACCAACACUUCACCUCAAAGUCCACCACCAGAACACCGUUGAAACUGUCUUCUCUCACCACACAGAAGAUUCACGAGAAAGAUAUCAACGCUUUAGACGUUUCACCGAACAACGCUCUCUUACUGUCAGGAUCGCAAGACAAGACUGCGAAAGUGUUUACGAUUCAGUACCAAGCACCUAGUAAAUCCAACCAUCAUACAGCCACUGCCUCGUUGAAGUUGGUCAAAACGUGCUCAGGGCAUAAGCGAGGUGUAUGGUCUGUUGCCUUCUCGCCUUCUGAUGCCGUAUUCGCCACAGGUUCAUCAGACAGAAGUAUGAAACUAUGGAGUAUCAAUGAUGGUUUCACUUGUGUAAAAAACUACGUCGGACAUACAAAUAGUGUAUUGCGUGUCCGAUUCUUGCCAAACUCAAACGGUCUGCAGCUUUUGAGUUGUGCCAGUGAUGGGCUGGUGAAAGUAUGGAACGUCAGGACUGAAGAAUGCUUAGACACCUUGGAUGGCCAUGAAGAGCGUGUUUGGGGUUUAGACUGCACACAGUCCGGAGAACAAAUCAUCAGUGGAGGCGCUGAUGGAAUGAUUCGAUUCUGGCAGGAUUGGACACAACAAGAGCAAAGCGAAGCUCUUGAGAAACGCCAAGAGGAUGUAGAACGGGAGCAAGAGUUCGGUAACCUUCUACAAGCCCGCGAUUACACCAAUGCUGUUGCUUUGGCUUUGGCUAUGCAACAGCCUAGAAGGUUGUUCGAGCUGUUCAAGUCUGUUGACCAACAGCGUUCACACGGAGAUGAUGGAACCAAUGCGACAGCUUCGAUGUUGAGUGAUGCAAUUCAGUCAAGAACUAAAUCCACUAACGGUGUAUCAUCUCUUCGGGAUCCCGCUUUGGCUGAAGUUUUGGCUCGGGCUGGUGUUCUCCCAUCUGCACCGGUGCCCACAUCUAAGCAGGCUCAACCGGCAAAUGCAAGUCCUGCCAGUAUCACAGGGUUAGAGGCAGUCGAUCAAGUGAUUGCAAAAUUAUCACUUUGGCAACUAGCUACUCUGCUAACAUUUGUCCGUGAUUGGAAUACGUCUGUCCGUACUUCAAAUAUCGCACAAACGACUUUACAUGCUAUCUUGCGCUUCCAUUCUGCUGAUACGAUUAUCAAAGCAUUUGAAGAACAAGCAAGCGGUGCAGCACAAGAAGGUGCUUUGCCUGCAUCAAAGAAUGCUUACAACAACAGAAAGAAAGCACCGGCAGAUUUGGGUAAUGUGAUCGACGCCCUUUUACCCUACACCAGACGCCAUUACGAUCGAGCCCAACGAAUCCUUACCGAAAGUGCUAUGCUCGAAUACACUUUGGCAAAUAUGGAUGCGGUUUUGGGUGUAGAUGAAGACGAUAAAGAGCAAAAUGGGUUGAUGAAUGGAAACGGAGACGUUGACAUGCAAAGCGUUGUGAGCAGCAGUGACGAGGAAGAAGAAUCUGAUGAGGAUUGAUGCAUAACAAUGUACCAUAGUUAACAUCCGCAAUAUAUUUUAGAGAUGCAUUGGUAUUGUAUGCUUUGUGUAAUGUAC